UUUUUCUUUUAGUAAAAAUUUCUUUAUUCUAUUUUACAUAUUUGCUCUACGUCGAUAGUCCAAUUUUGAUCAUUUUUCAUAGUUACCAUGAUGCACUUAAAUUGUUUUAAUUGAUGAGUAAAACAAUUAAUACUUCUUAAUAAUUAUAAAGUGUUUUUAAUUUAAAGAAAUUAAAAAAAAAUACUAUUAAUUUUUCAAAAUGAACCACGUAAAAUAUAUGAAUAAAGUCUUGUGUUUCUUAAUGACAUUAAAUGCGGUUAAUCUUUCUAUAUCUGUAACCAUUGAGCAUAUAGAAAAUUCACAUGUGUCAACAAGUAAUGAUACAUUAAAAAUAAAAUUACCAGGAGAAGAAAUUGAUAGCUCAAAAAAUGUAGAAGAUCAAGAGAGACAUGAUUUGUCAACAGUUACUGCUCAAGCGGAUAAUACAAAAACAUCGCUUGUGCCAGUUCAAAUAAAAAAUUCAAUUUUGCCAAGACAACCGACUAUAGAAGCUACCGAAUUAAAUAUUAGACAACAUCAACACAAUAAGCAAAAGAAAAAAAAACCACAAAAAAUGACUAAAGGAAAACAUAAAAAGAAGCAAACAUAUAAAGAUAAGCUUCUGCCGUUGUUGUUGAUACCAGUCGUCAUACAAAUCAUGACUUUGCCCAUGAUGAUAAUGAACUUGAAAAUGAUGGCAAUGAAAGCAAUGCUGGUUGGUAAAUUGGCUAUGAUUUUAGUCGUAGUCAAUUUUUUGCGUAAUUUGUCAUUACGUGCUGUUGGUGGUGACGUUUUAAGAGGAAAAAACCCUCAGCUAUCAUGAAACUAGAGCGGGUCAUUUUUUUCUACCCUUAAAACAUGAUUCUUCGUUGAUGUCACAAUAUUAUGGAUUCAAUGGUGGACUUGAAUUUGGUGCUAUGAUAAACAACUGGUACAAGAGAAGGUGAAUUUUGGAUGAUAAUAAGUCAAAAACUUUACAAUAAUUCAACAGCUCUCUUGUAGGAUAAACAAUUCAAAAUUUAUACUACUAUAAUGUACUUAUAUUUUUAGUAAAAAUGUGUAAUUGUAUUUAUUAAACUAUUGUAUAGUCUUUUA